GUUGGAUUCUCAACCAUGAUUAACGUCCCAAAGUUUCUCGGAUACUCUUCACUCACUAUCAUCGAACAACCCAUUGCAAAGGACCCUUGACCUUGACUUUUUCUCUCUCUUCUAUGAUAAUUAUUAUUUUUUCCUUCUUUAUUUGUUAUAGUGGGAGAAAUGGGUAGUGGAGAGAAAAGUUGUAGGAACUUUGUUCAUCAUCAUCAAGGGAAGAAACAAAGGAGGGAUGUCCCGAAAGGGUGUUUGGCAAUCAAGGUUGGGUCACAAGGAGAGGAGCAACAGAGAUUUGUGGUGCCUGUUAUGUACUUCAAUCACCCUUUGUUCAUUCAGCUGUUGAAGAAAGCAGAGGAAGAGUACGGAUUCGACCAGAAGGGGACCAUCACAAUCCCUUGUCAUGUGGAUGAGUUUAGGAAUGUACGGUGCUUGAUCGAUAGGGAAAAAUCCCUUCAUCAUCACCAUAACCAUCAUAUCGGAUGUUUUAGGGUUUGAUUUAUUUCUUUAUGGUUUUCUUCUAAGUGUCAAACA